AUCUCCAGCCCCACAGACUAGAAGUCCUGGCAGUAGCCGGGCAGCCAGCAUGGUGCCACCCCCGUCCCUCUCCAGGGGCUCUAAGACUGCCGGAACCCUGCUUUCUCCCAACAGCACCCUGAACACACCGUGUAAUGACAGAUCCCAACCUCAUCUGAACCUGGACCCCCUGUCUACUGAUGAAGAUGGAAGCUGCUACACCGAGCUGUACCCCGGCCCCCAGAGCUACGUGGAGAGGCUGCGGGUGGAGGAAGGGUCAUUGGGCAUUGAUCCACUGAGGGCCGAGGACAGGGGCUUUUACUUCUCGCCAUCGGUGGAGACGGUAUCUUCUUUUAAACCGAACAGGUACCAGUCGCCACUGAUGCCUAAGGAGAAUAAGCCUUUGGAGGUGGGCAUCCUGCGGAGGGUGAAGGAGCUGCUGUCGGAGGUCGACCCCAGGACAGCGGCCAAACAUAUCACCAAGGCUGACUGCAUGGUAGCAAGAAUUCUGGAGGUGACUCCAGAGGUGCAAAGGAUGAUGGGAGUUAGUUCAGGGAUGGAGUUUCUAACGUUGCCACAUGGCCAACAGAUGAGGCUGGAUCUAUUGGAGAGGUUGCAAACCAUGUCCAUCAUGUUGGCUGUGGAUGUGUUAGGCUGCACAGGGACGACUGAGGAGAGGGCGGGCCUGCUGCAUAAAAUCAUCCAAAUAGCAGCUGAGCUCAAGAGCACCGUGGGCAACAUGUUUGGCUUCACCGCCGUCAUGAGAGCUUUAGAGCUGCCGCAGGUAAACACACAUCAUAUAACCUAGAUAGUCACCUGGAAAACAAUUCAAGCAAUUAGCC